GCAUGCGCGGUGCCGCCGCCACGUCCGUGGGGGUGCCCGGGAAGAUGGCGGCCGCCGGCGGGAGGAGCGCCCCGGCGGGCAGCGCCCUGUGCCUGCUGCUGCUCUGCGGCUCGGCCCUGGCCGCCAGCGGCCCGGACGGCUCCGAUUCUGCGGGAGUGGAGAUAGUUCAAAAUGUUUCUUCUAGAAAUGCGAAUGAAACACUAAGUAGCUCCCAGAAUUUGACAGACACCUUGCAGAGUAUAGCCCCAACAAAAAAAGCAGCAAGCCCAACAACAGCUAAAAUCAAUUCUGUGACCGCAGCGAAACCAUCCGCAGCGAAACCAUCCACAGCAAAAGGUGAUUCUCCACCCAACGAGCUCUCUCAUGCCGUGACUGCUAGUCCUGUGUCUCAGAUGGAGGUUGAUGCUUCUGAAGAUACUAAAAUUGAGGAAGAGGAUCUUCUGACAGAUUUGAAAGACACACUAAAUAGUUCACCACCCAUAGAAAAAGAAACUCUGGAGUCAGAUGGAGGAGAUGACUAUGGUCCUUAUGAAAUGACAUCAAAUUCCAGGUACAACCCAGACCUCCUUGAGAUGCCAGAAGAUGAGGAUUCUGACCCCAUUAGUAACUACAAUGAGGAAAUCAAGUCUCUUGAUGAGAAGAUAAAAGAUGUUUCUGUCACAGGGUUGGAAGAAGAAGAUGACAGCCACUUCUUUUUUCAUCUGGUUGUAGUUGCCUUCUUAGUAGCUGUUGUUUAUGUCACCUACCACAAUAAGAGGAAGAUCUUCUUGUUGGUCCAGAGCCGAAGAUGGAGGGAUGGCCUAUGCUCCAGAACAGUAGAAUAUCAUCGUUUAGAUCAAAACGUUAACGAAGCAAUGCCUUCCCUGAAAAUAACUAAUGACUACGUAUUUUAAAAGCACUGUGAUUUGAGUUUGCUGAACUUAUCACUCUUUGCCUGCCUAAUCAUGUAACAAUAUUCAGGUAUUCUAAAUAUGCCACUUGUACUGGAAUGAGAGGUACUCUCUUUGACCUGGAUGUUUUUGAGAUUAAAUCUCAUGCAAGAUCAAGGGCAUGAUGCAUCUGUUUGCUACUUUGGUCAGAUUUUAAAUCGACUAUAAAGAUACAGUUUAAUAAUUAGUGCUCUUUCCAUUCGUUAGGCAUCUUCAUUGCUGUCUGGAGCAGUCUUAAUAGUGGUAAUACAAAAAAAAACAAGCAUAAAAUAUUUUAGGUCUAAUAAAUUAAUGAGUUUGGCAUCACUAAAUCAAAUUAAUGAUCUCUUUGCUAAUCACUUAUAUGGCUCAUAAAUCCUGCUAUAUUACAAACUUAAAAUAUAAUUACUUUUUCCCGUGCUUAAAUUCUGAUGCUGCAAAUCUUUCAUCUUGUCUCUUUUUUUGUUCUGUUUUCGCUUUGCAUAGCUCGAUCCUGUUUUAGGCAGAAUGGCUCGCAUGACAACUUCAUAAUUUCUGUAUGUGUUCAUGCAGUAAAUCAUUUAAAAAGAAUUAUGUAUAAAGCAUUUUAUUUCAGAAGUUGCAUACCGCAUAUUUCUUUUAAAAUGUUUGAGAUCCAUGAGAAAGUAUGCAGCUUCCUGACUGUCCAGUUUUUUCCUCUGAUGAUAUUUAUGACAUUUUCAUUAUCUUUUGAAAUUAAUGAAUGGAAAAAAAGCCUCGUUGAAUAAACCUACUAAGAAAUAGGCAGUUGACAGGCUUCCAAUGAAUCACAGCUUUCUCCUGAAUUUUAACAAUACUGGGAAAAAUUUAUGUUGUUGGGUACAUUAUAAAUGGGAGAGGCCUGAGAGAGUAAGAAUAAUUUAUUUUGUUGUUAUUCUGACCCAGGUAACAGGCAGAUGAAAGUAAUGGUGUGUGGGGCUGCCAGUCUGUGGGCAGCACACUCUAAGUUUUGAAAAAUAUUUACGCAUUAAUGUAAAGCAAGUUACUGGUACAGUAGGUUUUUUUUUUUUUUUUUUUUUACCUUGUCUUUUGUACUUUAUUUAUGUUUUCAUGAGUUGUAAAAUAUAAAAUCUUAGUUUUUCUGUACAUUCUGUUUGUUAGGUUUCAAACUGAUAAAUAUGUAAAUAAUGGUGGAUCAGAACCCCAUAAUUAAUGACUUGGUAUUCAAGUAGUUAUGUAACAUUUUGAAAAAAAAUAAAUUUACAGCUGUUGGCAUGAGGAAUCUGAAGGCAUGAUGCUAUCUUAAAAGGAAGUGCUAAAAGUUCUAAAUCCUACUGUUAAAUGCGUUGUUUUCAUAACCACAAGAAAGUAAAGCACAAACAAAAUACUCCACCACUCUUUUCUUGCAGUAAUUUUUAUCAUAUUUGGACUUGUAUCACUUAAUAUUUUGAAUAAGGUUUUUAAAAUAAAUGACAAUAAUAA